UGACGUUAGGUUAGCUAGCAUGUGGAGGCGUCAUCAGGUAUCAUGAUAAACUGUGUAUGUUAAGGAAAUGUUUCGUGUCUGACUGGUCACUACUGGCUGGGUGUUGUUAUUAUGGUGACGUGAUCGUCCGUCUGGGAGCAUGGUUGAGAAAGAACGAGUGCAAUGCAGGAAGUGCCGCAAAGUGCUCCUCUUUAAGGAUGAAUUUUGUCUUCUUGAUGCCCAUAGCCAGGAGUACCAUGAUACUGUGGGAAAUAUGAGUGGGGAGUCUGGAAGCUGUUGCCCAUCAGUGAUGGAACACAACUGCCUGUAUUUAUCAGAGGAAUCUUUCCCAGCCUUCAUAUUGACAGCUGUAAACGAAAGUUCUUGGACUAAGGGGAAAAUAAACUGCCCAAGUUGUCAGGCUCGUCUUGGAUCAUUCAACUUUGUGUCUGGCAGUCAGUGUGCCUGUGGCUCUCAUGUUCUCCCACAGGUUCAUAUACUUAGAUCUAAGGUCGAUUGGAUGAAAAUAGGUGAAGCAUUGCCUCGUCCUGUGUCAUUUCCUGAUCGUGCUGUUGCUCUAUCUUCUGUCACAUUACCCUUUGAGGUGAACUCAUCCAUGUGUACUUACGAAGAUACUGCCAGUGUUGAAGCUGUUGCUACCCGUCCUUCUGGAGAAAACAUCAACAGUGGUUGCUCUCCAGCUCAGCAAACUGCCUUGAAAACAAACUUUAAUGAUUUAAGUGGUAAAUCUUCUAAACCAAGAAACAGGACAGGUAAAAGUGAAACAUCAAGGAAAUCAAGACAGCAAAUAAGGCAUGAACAACAUGUGUCUGAAGAUGAAAUUGAAGUAAGACAGUCGAGUAACAGAGUUACAGCUGAUAUAGUGUCAAAGUCUAUACCUGAUGAAGUAAAUACAGAGAAGGAAGAAAAGGAGGAGUCAAUUCCUGAAAGUCUUGUGUGCCCUGUGUGUCUGGAUGUGCUGUACAGUCCACUGGUUGUACAACCUUGUGGGCACAAAUUCUGCGAGCCUUGUCUACGCCGCUUAGCUCAACCAAACCCUACAUAUACACACUGUCCUCUUUGCAGACAGAUAAUUGGCGAAUGUAUGCCUUGUCCAGAAUUGGCAACCGAGGUACGUGAAAAUUUCUCUGAAUUGUAUGAACAGCGACGUCAGUUUGAGAAAAAUCACAACAGCCAACACCUACCACUGCCUUGGGACAAAAAUUACAGGUGGAGGCAGAUUCAUCAUGAUGGCCGCAGUUGGGUUGACAGAGCUGGAGGUUGGAGUACAGUAAUAGGGAUGGGUUCAUUAUAUAUCCUGGGUAUUGGAAUCUGGUUAUACCUUGUUGUUUCUGGAAAAAUAAUGUUUGAUACAUUUCCUCACUCAGUCACUAAAUCAAUGAGUCGCAAUUUUGUAAUGUAGAUGACUUGACUGCAUACAUAAAGGUCAUCCAUACUCUUUUAGGUGCCCCUGACAGAAGAACAGUUGACACACAAUAUAGGGUGUGUGUGUGUAUAUUUUAUAUUAUAUAUUAUAUAUAAAUAUA